GCCUCUUUGUUUGGAUAUAAAUGGCUGAAACUGAAGUUUGCUUUCAGAAAAGGGCCGAGCACUUUUGAUUGCUGAGCUCUGGACCACAAACAUGAUUUUCUUGCUAUUUAUUGUGCCGUUAUUGGUAGCAUAUUAUAUUGGUCAUAGGAUUUUUGUUCAGAGGAAGACCUUCACCGGCACAGCCAAUCUCUAUGGGAAAACAGUCAUUGUAACAGGUGGCAACACUGGCAUUGGGAAGGCGACGGCUGCCGCUAUGGCCAUGAGAGGAGCUCGAGUGAUUCUGGCCUGCCGUAGCAAACAGAGAGGAGAGGAAGCAGCACAGGAAAUCAAGAUGGAAACUGGGAAUGAGGGAGUGAUCUUCAUGCAACUGGAUCUUGCAAGCCAGAAAUCGAUCCGCUCUUUUGCCGAAACCUUCCUGAAGACAGAGCCCAGAUUGGACCUACUCAUUAAUAAUGCAGCAUUGGCUGCUCCAGGACGCACUGAAGAUGGAAUUGGUAUGAUUCUUGCUGUCAAUCAUAUUGGUCCAUUCCUGUUGACCAAUCUUCUGUUGGAUCGCCUCAAGAAGUGUGCGCCGAGCCGAGUGGUCAAUGUGUCAUCCUGCGGACAUGAUCUGGGCACUAUUGAUUUCGACUGCAUCAACUCACACAAAAGGCUCGCGCUGGGCUCCUCUGAUGGGGAUUUAUUCAAGGCCUACACCCACAGCAAACUCUGUAAUGUGCUCUUUACUCAUGAACUGGCCAAGAGACUCGAAGGAACCAACGUGACAUGCUACAGUCUCCAUCCAGGGUCUGUAAGGUCAGAACUCGGUCGUGACAUCAAUGAAUGGCACACACGUAUUAUCAAGGCUAUCGUUAGCAAGUUCUGGGCAACAGAUCCAGUGUCCGGAGCUCAGACAACGCUGUACUGCUCCCUGCAGGAAGGCAUUGAACACCUGAGUGGACGAUACUUUUCAGACUGUCAACUAGUGCAAGUCAAACCCGAGGCUAGAGAUGAUGGAAUCGCCAAAAAACUGUGGGACGUUAGCGAGAAAUUAUGUGGCAUGGCUUGAAUACAUACACUCUGUUUUACACACUAUGCUGUAAAAAUAUACUGUAGUCUUUGCAAACCUAUUUUUUAUAACGGUACCUAAACUGAAUAUUCUUUAUACUGUGAUGAAAAAUAAAUUCAUUUGUAAAUGUAUAAA